AAAGUCACUCACUUCACAUCACUUGUCACUCGUCACUCGUCACUCUGCCACUUCUUCUGCUUCGGUGUCAAACUCAGCAUUCAAAACCCUCUUCCUCUGCCACCGCUGGAAAAAUGGAGGCGGUGGGUUCGAGACUCAGCCGCGCCACCUCCCGUUACGGCGCCCCCACGGUGUUCAGCGGCCCCGUCAGAAAGUGGAAGAAGAAGUGGGUCCACGUCACCCCCUCUUCCUUACCCAACAACAACUCACACUCUCACACCAACAACUUCACCACCACCACCACCAACGAUUCCUCUCGCCUCCUCCUCCGCCGUUGGACUCCAACUACCGCCGAUGACUCCGCCGGAGCCGUCUCCGACGAUCCUCCCCGAAGAAAGUUCCGUUACACCCCUAUUGCUGUGCUAGAAGAACAGAAAAAGAUGAAUGUUGUGAAGGCUGAACAUGAACCCACAAUUGAGGCUGACCAAUUGGCAUUUAGACAGACAAAUGUGACUCACGAGAUGCAGGGGAAACUAAACAUGAAUGAAAUGUUGGAGGAAACCAAGGAUUCAAACAUUGGUAAUUUGGAUCUUGGUUCAGACUUCCAAAGCAACACCGGUGAAAAAAGCCACGACAGUGAUUCUCAAUUGGAAAAUAGUAUCUAGUGGGUGGUCCAUGAACUUAGUAUCUGUAAGUAGGAAAUCAAUCUGUUAGUCAUCUAAGUGUUCGUUCAAGAAAUACUAAGCUAGUAUAUAUGACCUUUUAUCACCGUACAUCCUACCAUCCUAUAUUGACUUAUAAUGUAGUUAGCCAUAAUCUUGUGUAUAGUUAGCACUUAACUAGUGCUGCCAGUGAGUAUUAUAGGAAUGAUAAGUAACUAGUUUUGAUCAGCAUAGGAUAAUCAGUUGUAUCUUGUAAUGGAUCAUAUGCAUGAUGUGAUGCUACUAUAUAUUUCUAAAUAUAAAACCUCAAUAUGCUACCAAAAUUUGACUGCUUUUAUGUUUCA